AUGCCUGAAGACUCCCCUCCACCAGCGGCCAACCAGGCUGGCCGCGCCAUCCCCGUCGGCCUCAACGAAGCAGCACUCGAUUCUCCGACUUUUCGUGUAACCGCCGCAACCUUUGGCGAUCAAGUCGAUGCUAUAGAAAAAUGGCUCAACGGAUAUGCUCAGUCGACGUCGAAACUACUGCACGAUAUCCUCGCCCUCGAAGAGACGAUUAAUACUUUUCUCGUGAAGACGAUGCCCUCGGCGGCUGACGGCGUUGUCGACAAUGAUUAUACAUUUUUGGCUUUGAAGAGGGUGGGCGAUGGAUGGCGUGAGUAUUGGAUUCAAAUGAUAAGCACAAUGAAGAAGAUGGAGGGCCUAGUCGUCGACCCUAUCCGGCAGUUCAUCGUUGGCGAUCUCAGGAACUUCAAGGAGUGCAGGAGGGCCAUGGAGCAGGCGCAGCGAACGUUUGACUCUACGCUCGCUCGAUAUGUCAGUCAGUCAAAGACAAAAGAGCCAUCAGCUCUGCGCGAAGAUGCCUUUGCUGUUUUCGAAACCCGAAAGGCUUACCUCAAGGCCUCGAUGGAUUACUGCCAGCUUGCACCGCAGCUGCGCUUUAGUAUGGAUAAGUUGCUUGUCAAAAUAUGCAGUGAGCGUUGGAGCCAGCUGCGGCGUGCUAGAGAAGCUGCAAUCGACACUACGCGCUGGAAUCAGGAAAUGGAGCGCAUUCAGGGGUGGUCGAAUGAAAUGGGAGCGUCCGAGAUGGUCUUCAGGCGAGAGUUGCAGUCUGCCAGGAGAGAGAUUGGAGAAAAUGCGCUAGUAGGAUUCAAGCCAUCCCGUGAGCUCGAGGACUACAGCACUUCAACCGUUCCUUUCCUCGGCACUCGUGGCCCCAUCACUGUUCGUCUUGAGGAAGGUGCCACAGUUGUCUCUGAAAAGCAAGGAUGGCUGUUCCUGCGGGUGCUCUCAGGGAAGCCAGCAAGACAUACGUGGAUCAGGAGAUGGUAUUAUUGCCGUGAUGGCAUCUUUGGCUGGCUGAUACCAGGGCCUCUGGGAGUUCUUCAAGGUGACGAGAUUGGGGUUCUGCUUUGUAAUGCAAAGCCGGCUGUGGCUGAAGACAGACGCUUCUGCUUCGAGGUCAAGACCAAGAACCAGACAAUCCUGCUCCAGGCAGAGACCCAGGGCGAGCUGACCGAGUGGUUGGAGGUUUUUGAGGUUACCAAGAAGCGGGCUUUUGAGACCAGCAUGAACAGAACUAGUGCUUCUCUUCCCGGGUCCAUCGAUCCUGCGUUUUCCAUCUCCCCCCCUAGUAUUCCCGAGUUCUCUGCCAAGACCCUCGACGCACAGAUCGGUAUCUACGAUGAAUCAAGCCCUAGUAUUGACCGAACAAACACACUGCCUAUUCCGGGACCAGACGGUAACCUUAAUACACGACAGAGCUUUGACGUUAACGGCAGCAUCUCUCGUCGUACCAUCACUGCUCUGGGCCGAGACCUGGCUCGAGAGGAGGGCGAGAGUGGCCGUGAACAUGCUGCCAGAAUCAUCCAGAAGCUCGACCUACAUCGCAAAGCGACCUUUGGCACCCAAGGCCCGGAAGCCGGACAAGGAGGUGCAGCUUCCACGACCGGACUGGCUAGCAUGAUGGCUACUAGUCACACGCUACCGCCAGGAUUUCCAGGGUCUGUUGGAAGCACAACAAAUUUCAGGCAGACGCCCAGCAUGCUGCCAUCGGUUGACACACAAGUUGGCACUUUGGCUCCAGCAACCCUGGCCAAGCCACCCUCCAUGACUGGAUUGAGUCGAAUUGCAGUUCUGACAGCAGGAGAACGCCAACCUGUAGGUAACAACAGGAAACUCCCUGCGUCUGUGGUUGCGAACUACUGGGGAACAAGUCUCUGGGGUGCAAUGAACGCACCGCCACAACCCGUCCUUCCCAGACUCGAUGAGGAUGACCCUAUUGGUGUUGUUGUUCCUGGAAGCACUGUAGGGCAAGGUGUUCAGCGGAAGGACGGUGGCGAGUACUUCCCCCGAAACUACCCCCCAGAGUUGAGAGCGCAACACGCCCAGUUUCGACUCCUUUUCCCAGAUGCGCCCUUGGAGGAGAAGCUGGUGCUUGUCUUCCGGGCCGCCUGGACUGGUUCUCCUGAGCGAGGGCCCGGCAAACCAGACAUGGCGGGCGAUGGCCGCAUAUACGUUACACCCGACAAUAUGUACUUCUAUGGACAGCAAAUAGGACUCGUCACGGCGUACAACAUCAGUCUAGAUAUCAUCAGUGAAGUAACGGCAGCCCCAGGCAGGGACUGCGACUUCAUUUUCCUUCAUCUGAAUGAGAAUGCCAACGAAACAGGGUAUACCAGGAUCACUAUCAAAGUCUUCUUGGAGGAUCUCGGUCUACUUCACACUCGUCUCAACCUAUUGAUCGACGACAUCCAGGCUGAGGAGCCCAUGGAUGUUGAAGCGAUCAUCACCACCUUGAUCAAUCUCGAAAAAGAAGAGUAUGAUCGCCCAAGUCCCAGUGUCGAAAGCUGGGAGGAGGUCUCAGCAAACACACCCAUGGAUGACGGUACUUCGAUGGGUCGGCCUGUUGCUCCACGUAUGGAGUUCGGCCCUCCGCUUCGUCUUUCGAAAUCGAGGACUCGACAUAACCAUAAACUUCACUUGCCAGCUCGCCCUGUCAUUUAUGAACCAGAGGGCAUGAAGGAGAUGGCGGCUGAGCGACACUUUGAAAUUAGUGCCAAGUCCUGCUUCCACGUUUUGUUCGGUGACAAGAGUUUUGUAUUCCCAAAGCUCUACUUUGAACGACGUGCUCAGCAGAUUGCUCAAGGACCCUGGGUUCUAGUUGAUCAAGGCAGGAUGAGGCGUGACUUCCAGUUCAAGGUUGACUACAAGGAUGUCUUGGGUCGGUCCAAGACGGCCGAUGUUAAUGACUACCAGAUCAUUGAUGUCUUCAGCGAUCACGUUACGUACGUGGUGACUCAUGUCAAGACGGCGUGGCAUCUGCCUCACUCAAGCUGGUUCAAGGUUGUGACCAAGAUUGUCAUAACGCACGUGGCCAAGUCCAAGUGCAAACUAGCCAUCUACACAAAAACGGAUUGGUCGAAAAACCCGGCGCUCUCCAAGAACCUGAUUGACCGCCAAGCCAUUCACGAUGCUGCAAGUGACGCUGAAGAGUUGGCUGAGGUUGCUACGGAUCAAGUUCGGAAGCUUGGAACUCGCAGCCGAACAAACAGAGCAAUCCAAGUGUAUGGCCAGAUUGGGCAACAGACAGAGGUGGUGGUCUUUUCGCCUGCUGCAACAGAUUCGGCAAAGAAGCAGGCCAUCAAGCCUCGAACCCUGACGACAAUGGUGUUUGAGACGAUUCGGUCUCUGGGAGAGAGUGCAGUAUCGUCACUCAUCAUGUGGGCUAUCGCUGUGCUGCGCAACUUGUUCAACCUGAUUACAGCCCAGUGGAUCAUCCUGGCGCUUCUCGCAUUCAGUACACUUACAAAUCUCCUACUAACGUCAAGCGAGACUUCGACGUGGUGGAAAGAGCGAAGAGCAGCAGGAUUCAUGCAAAACAUCGGAAUUCGACCCAAUUCCAUGAUGAGUAAGGCCAUAUACUUUGCGGAUCUGGAUACAGCAUCCGGGACCAAUCAAGGGUUGUCUUUUCCCGAAAACAGCACAUGCUUCUCGACCUUCAAGGAUCUACUGGAUGCGACAGAUAUGGAUGCGCCCUGGGAGGAUGCCGGUGCUAGUUUGGCUGCACCCACUAGUCGUGCUACAGCCCGUCGACUUCGACGGACUCGACAGCGGCUAGGAUCGUACCGGCAUGACUUGCUAGUAGCCAUGAGGGUUGUCAACAGCAUUGAGCGAGAAAUUCUACAGUCAGAAUGGGAGAAUUGGUUGGUAGAUGAAAAGUUCCUUUGUGAUGAACUGGAUACUAUGCUGCUGCAGCAGGGCGACACAAAGGGGCAGAGGAAAGGGGCAGAAGCCGGCAAGGGGCCACAGAAGGCCAUGGAGCCUAUGCCAGCUAAGAGACGGCAGGCCCUCGAGCAGUGGCGGGAUUCUUACUGCGGGAGCUGUAAGCAGGACUACCAGGUUGCGAUGAAGGAUCGGAAGUUGUCGAUUGUGUAA